AGAACUUAAUUAGAGUUGUGACCGAACAAAACUGGAUAGACGGAAACGUAAUAAUAAAUAAACAAGCUGAUCGUAUGAUUUCAAAUCAAAACCUAUUGCGUGACGAAAAGUAAUAUAAUAAUUAGCUAUACUUUAUUAAUAUAAAUUUUUAUCCCAGCUGAAGUCUAGUGCUUGAAAGAUUAACAUUGGAAUAUUAAUUUUUAACAUAUUAAUAGAUAAAAGAAGAAGAAAAAUGUCAAAUGAUGUAACUCAUUUAGAGUUUCUGGAUGAAGAUGAUAUGAAAACACUUCUCAACUACUCUGUUUCUGAUGAAGAUACUCAGGAGCAUCGUAAUAAUUAUGAAGCGCAAUUGGCUACCAAUAAUGUUGACCCUGAAGUUAAAUUCCAAUAUGCAUGGUGCUUAACCCAUAGUAAAAAAAUAUCAGACCUGAAAAAAGCUUCUGCUCUCUUUGAAGAAAUAUUUAAAGAAGGCUCAGAAGAACUUAAAAGGGAUAGCUUAUUUUACUUAUCUGUAGCAGAAACCAAGCAAAAGAAUUAUUGCACGGCAAAGAAAUAUAUCGAUGCUUUCUUAAGUGUGGAAUCGACAAAUGUCCAAGCAGAGCAAUUGAAAGCAUAUAUUGAUAAACAAUUGAAGAAAGAUGGAGUUAAAGGUAUGGCUCUUGUUGGUGCUGCUGCUGUUUUUGGUGGUGCUACGGCCAUUGUUGUUGGAACUUUAGUUGCUGGUGCUGCUUUAGGUUUUGCUUUGAAGCGACGAUACAAGUGAUAUGUAUUCAAUAUUAGCUCAAAAAUUAUAGUCCUACAUGCAUGCAUAUAGUUCUGAUUUGGCUCUAUGAAGCACCCACUGAAACUUUAACCAAGAUGAUACCUAGGAAAAAGAAAACAAAAUAAAAUUUAUUAUAUUUGAUGGGACCAAAUUGAUUCUGAGAAAAUUACCUAAAUAAAUGAUAAUUUUUAAAUAUAAAUAUUUUUUUAUUUGA